UACUCUAAUCAAAUGUAAGAUUGUUUAAACAAAAGUUCUCAAGAUCUGAUAUUGUUUUGACAAAAUAUAAGACAUUAAGAUUCAAUAAAAAGAUUAGCAAUAGCAUUUAAAGGGAAAAUAAAUUAAAACAGAAGUAUUUUGACUAUUCUCUGAUUUUGGACAGCAUUGUAAAUCAUUCGAAAACACUGUACACAACAAAAUAUACACAUAUGUAGUGUGCUCAAAUUAUGAGAUCAUAAGUAUGAUCUCCAAAAAAAAUCUUUCUGUGCUUUUUUACCUAAUACAUGUGGGGUCAAUAUGUGCAAUGCAAAGUGUGUGUGUGUGUGUGUGUGUGUGUGUGUGUGUGUGAAAGAGAGAGAGAGAUGUCCCAUGUCCCCACCCAGUUUUUGGUUUUCCAUACCCCUCCUUCUGUUGUACCCUCUCCUCCCCCUUUCUCUUGUCUGUAUAAAGAGGGGGUGAAGCUACAUUGUCUCGACUGGACAUUCACACUCAUCAGGUCAUCUGUCUAUCUAUCCAUCCCUCUGGGGAGAGAGAAGAGAGAGAGAGAGAGUGAAUAUCGCCAUCUGAAACUCUGGAAAAGUUGGAAGCCUGAGAACCGACUUGAGCUGCGCAUUCACUAUAGCGGCAACUCAUACGAGUUCAGAGAAAAAUUAACGAGACCGACGGAGACAUAACAGGAUUUGAAGGUUACCUGCGUGCUCUCACAGAUACCGGAGACUCCUGAGGACACUCGGGUCUGACUCUCACAGCAUCACCAUGAGAUUCUUCCAUCCUCUCUAUCUCCUUCUGCUGCUGCUCACAGUCCUGUUCAUCACCAGCGCCGAGAGACAAGAUUUCCUCAACCUGAGGCGGAAAUACCGCAGACACAACUGUCCAAAAAAACGCUGUCUGCCUCUUCACUCCAGAGUGCCAUUCCCUUGAGGUUUCACAACUACUCAAGUCCGCAACUAUGACGUCUUGUCAAGCCUUAAGAAAACCAAAGAUCACAGUGAUGGAUGGGAAAUGGGAGAGGAGUUUCAUAUCAGACUCGCCGAGGACUGUUUGUUUGCCUGUAUACAGUAAUCAAGCCACGCUAGUCACUUCUGCAAAGGAAGUGUGUUGUUUUAUGAAUGUUAAGCGAAUAAGCCAUGGGGGCAUCAACUGCAACCAAACAUGCUGAAAACUCAUCGCCCGACCGGUUCGAGUUUGUCAGAAUCAUUGUAAAUAGUAAAAACUGAUAUGUGUUUAUAUGUAAGUUAUGCACUUCAAAUGUUUUAUUAUUAUCCUGAUUAAAUAAAAAAGUGUAUUG